GAUGUAUCAACAUCCGGAUCCUCCAUGGAGCAAGCCGAGCUAGUAGUCGAGCAGCUAACGUAGUACCCUAAUGCUGCCUUGAAUUGAUGGUCGCGGCGACGUAAACGAACACUGUUGCUUGUGAUUAAACCGUGCGGUAUGUAUGAGUCCAUUUUGUCCAGGCUGAGCUCACUAGCAUGGCUCCCGGUGGUCCUGCGGACAAAAAGAACAAUGUCCUUCCGUUAUGGGGCAACGACAAAACGAUGAACCUGAAUAACUUGAUACUCACGAACAUACUGUCGUCACCGUACUUCAAAGUAAACCUCUACAAGUUAAAGACAUACCACGAAGUUGUGGACGAAAUUUAUUACAACGUGCAGCACUUAGAGCCAUGGGAAAAAGGAAGCCGAAAGACGUCGGGCCAGACUGGCAUGUGUGGAGGGAGAUCAUCAGUACAUGUACGGGGGGUUGGAGCAGGGGGGAUUGUCUCCACUGCAUUCUGCAUCCUCUACAAGCUCUUCACACUUAAGUUAACUCGCAAGCAGCUGGUUGGUCUCUUGAACCACUGCGAUUCCCCUUACAUCCGUGCACUGGGGUUCAUGUACAUCAGGUUCACACAGCCACCUGCCGACCUUAUUGAUUGGUAUGAACCGUACCUUGAUGAUGAAGAGGAACUGGAUGUGAAAGCAGGCGGUGGCCAGACGCUGCGCAUCGGCGACAUGCUGCGCCAUAUGCUUACCAAGCUGGAGUGGUUUGCCACCUUGUUCCCUCGCAUUCCUGUGCCUAUCCAGAAAGAGAUUGAGCGCAGGCUUUCCUUGCGCCCUCCUGCAUUGGCCCCAGCAACUCAAGCUCCAAGCGCUGAGCCAGCAGCCACCAUAACAGAAACAGCUGCUGCGAGUGAGAGGGCACUGUCACCGGAACCCAGACGCAGGAGGAGUCCCCAUGCUCGUGAGUCCCCCAGCGGCCGUGAAGUACCAGGAGAUUCUAGCUGGGACAGAGAGCGACCGAGGAUACGUCGUAGCAGAAGCAGAGAACGCCAUUGGGAGAGAAAUCGUAGGAGCCGAAGCCCACGGGAUGCGCGGCCACACCACAGUCAUGACAAGCAACGUGAUGAGAGAGGACGUGAAGAAUGGCCACGUGAGGAAAGGGCUCGUGAUGAAAGGUCCAGGGAUGAAAGGUCUCGUGAGGACAAACCACGUGAGGACAGAUCCCGCGAGGAUAGACCACGUGACGACAAGUCACGCGAAGAAAGAUCACGAGAUGAUGGGUCACGCAAUGACAGGCCACAUGAAGACAGGGCUCGAGAUGAAAAAUCUCGGGAAUUGGAUCGCCGUAAAGAAAGCACAAGUCAUCGUCACCGAUCCAGCCCUGAACGCAGCAGGCAUAAUGAUCGCCCUCGAGAACAUACCUCACACGAUCACCGAACAUCAUCACGGAAAGAACGUUCCUACUCACCCAUGACUAAGAAUCACCACAGAUAAAUAUCUGUUUUUCUCUUUGCCCUCA